AUGGAUCUAGAUGAAUCUGUUGGCAUUACAACAUGGAAUGAAGAUAAACUCUGGCAGAAUGGAGGCCAUCAGGCUGUAUUACCUGUGGAUGAAAAUCCAUCUGUGAGAAGUGAUAUUGAAGAUUCAAGAGAGAAUUUAUGCACAAAUGAGGGCAUCAAUGGUGAAUUACAAGUUUGUGGAAAUAUAAAUUCUGUUGCUGCAGUCAAAGAGCAAGCUGAGGUCGAACAGCCAGUUUUAGGUGCAAAAUCUGAAAGCGACAGUCCAAAAGCUGAAAGGCUAUCUCGUGUUGUACCUCUAGCUCUUGAUGAAUUUAAGAACAAAGCAUUUAAUUCUAGAAGUAGGCCUGUAAGUGGUUUGGCUGGAAGCAUAAUACACAGAGUGGAGCCCGGAGGGGCAGAAUACAAUUAUGCUUCCGCUUCAAAGGGAGCAAAAGUCUUGGCUUAUAACAAGGAAGCCAAAGGUGCCUCCAAUAUCUUAGGCAGAGACAAGGACAAGUAUCUUCGGAAUCCUUGUUCGGCUGAGGAGAAGUUUGUCAUCAUAGAACUUUCGGAAGAAACCCUUGUUGAUACAAUUGAAAUAGCAAAUUUUGAACAUUACUCGUCUCAUUUAAAGGAGUUUGAGUUACUUGGCAGUUUGGCUUAUCCCACUGAUACCUGGGUUAAGCUUGGAAAUUUUACAGCUGGAAAUGUGAAGCAUGCUCAAAGGUUUGUUCUUCAGGAGCCAAAAUGGGUGAGGUAUCUAAAGGUAAAUCUAUUGAGUCAUUAUGGUUCAGAGUUCUAUUGCACACUGAGUGUUGUUGAAGUGUAUGGAGUGGAUGCUGUUGAGAGGAUGCUUGAGGAUCUUCUUUCUGUUGAGGUACCAGGUGGUGAGCAGAAACCAAUGUCCACCCAGUCAGUAUCCACUGAGGGUGAUCUGGAUCAACAUGUUGUUGAUGAAGUGGAUUGUGACCUUGAUCUUGAAAGGACUGAUGUCAAACGUGGAAUUACAAGUACUGAUGUUCCCGACCCAGUAGAAGAAGUCCGUCAUCAACAGGUUAGCAGGAUGCCUGGGGACAGUGUUCUUAAAAUACUGAUGCAAAAAGUUCGGUUGUUAGAUUUAAAUUUAUCAGUUUUGGAACAAUAUCUGGAGGAACUAAAUUCCAGAUAUAGCAACAUUUUCAAAGAGUUUGAUAAUGAAAUAGGAGAAAAAGGAGUUCUUCUGGAGAAGAUCAGAUCAGAUAUAAGGAGUCUUUUGGAAAAUAAGAAGGUCUUGACCAAAGAGGUUGGUGAUCUUUUAUCUUGGAAAUCACUUGUUUCCAUGCAGCUGGAUAAUUUGGAAGGGGACAACGCCUUUCUCAGUUGUUUUGCACCUUUUGAGGGUCUGCAGUUGCUUCCUGUUGCUCCUCAGUUCCUCUAUUCAAAUCUGUCUAAAUUUCAGAUCAUCAAUGGGUGAGCUCUACAUUCAUAUUGCCAAUUCUAAGCAAAAACUAGAGGGAAAGGGAAGAGACAAGAGGCAUAGAAGAAGUUCC